AUUCCUCCACGUUCCCCUGCAGCUCGGCUGGAAAUGGGUCGGCUCGGCAUUAGUGCUUGUGAAGGUUGGUCGUAGUCUGGAUGCUGGCUGAAUAAUCAGUCUGUCUGUCUGCUGGUGGUGCAUGGUUGGUCUCAUUCACACUACAGAGGGGAAGACACCUUCCCCCUUGAUACUGUCCUCUCGUCCUUCCGCACCUGGAAGCUUUCCAUCCUCGCAACAUGGCAUCCGCCUCCUCUGAGGAUGGCCUGGCGCCUGUGCAGUGGAAACUUUCCAAUCAACGAAGCAGGAAGUCUGCGUGCUCCAACAUCUUUACAGGGGUCAGCCUGCACCAGCUGCACAGGCUGUUCAGAACGGCAGGGGACAGAGACGCUGAACACCGGGCGAAGCUGGUGUGGCGAGGGAUGGAUGCCGACAUGGAGGGGUCAGAGGAGGCAAAGGGGGAGGAAGAGGAGGACAGAGGCGAAGAGGCAGGGCUGGCCCAGGCCUUGGUGGGGCUGCGAGUCCGAGCGAGGAAUAAAACGGGCUUCAGAGCGGAGGGACGCAAAGACCUCACGCUGCUCAGAGCAUCAGGGUAUCUCAGAAUUGAGGAGCCGUUAUCCGGCCACAGCGUUGAUGAUGAAGAGGACGACAUAGAGCCCAGUUCGGGAGAAUUUCUGCCGGUGACUGAGGAAGACAUCCCAGAGAACCAUAACCCCUUUAAACCCUCCUCAUGGAGGUUGGGUGUGGCACGACUGGAGGCCAGACACUCUGAACGCUACCUUCACCGCAUCCUCCACUAACAACGGACUGGAUUCUUCACACGGUAGUGGAAGCUGGAAUAUUGAUUCUGCAUGAAAGGCCAUAUUGUGUUACUACUGUUAGCACCUUCUGCUAACGUGUACUGUUGAGUAAAGCCUGAAAUAAAAUUUCCGAUAUACAUGA